AUGGUUUGGGAAGCUUUCGGUGUAUAUUUUGUACAUUUUAUCAUGAAGACUGGAUGGCAUGAACUUUUGCAAGCACUUGCCUACGAUCUCAGAGGUUUCCUGAAUAAUUUGGAUAGAGUGCAUUAUUUUGUUGAUCAAAUUGCCUUCUCGAUGAAAUUACGUGUACCAUUAUUUCGCUGUGAAUUAAAUAAUGAUUAUAGCCUAUUAUUGCAUUACUAUUCCUCACGUACAGGAUUUCCAGGAAUUGUCAAAGGUAUUUUUAUCAAAAAAUAUGCACCAUCAGUGAGAUGUGGUAUAACUUUAUUAACUGACAUUGCACAAUUAAUCUAUCCUAAUGUGCCGCUUAUUUAUGAAUCGUUGCUAGCAUUUCUUAACAGUAUAUUUGUAUUGGUAUUAAAUGAUACCACUGAUAGUGAAAUUUGUCUACAAGCAAUCGUAUUAAGAGGUUCAAUCACAUUAUUAUCAAAUGGGCAUUUCAUUUAUAUGUGUUCAUUGGAUGUAUCCGAAAUUAGUGAGCUCAAUCAACGAGAAUUGUAUAUUAGUGACAUGCAAUUAUAUGAUGCGACUCGAAGUAUUAUUAUGGUCGAUCAAUUAAGGCUUUGUCAAAUUAAACAAACUGAAAGAUUGAAAAAGGAAAAAAAUCGUUUGAAAAAAUUAAUCGAAGAAAUGGCUGCUCAAAAUGAUAAAUUGGAAAAUCUUCUCCAUGAAUUAUUGCCUCCAUUUGCUGCAAAAAUUCUUCGUAUGGGUCAAACAGUACAAACGUGUGAAUAUGCUGAAGCAACACUUCUCUUUUCGGAUAUAGUAAAAUUUACAAAAAUUUGCGCUACAUGUGCACCAUACGAUGUUUUCAAUAUGUUAAAUGAUUUAUACACCAAAUUUGAUCAUAUUGCUAAAAUUAAUGAUGUUUAUAAAGUUGAAACAAUUGGUGACGCAUACAUUGUCUCGAGCGGUGUUCCCACGCAAUGCAUCGAUCAUUCGGAACGUAUUCUUAAUAUGGCAAUUGGUAUGCAAAUGGAAGUAAACUCAGUGAAGCGUUCUGGAACUGAUACACCACUCGAGAUUCGUAUUGGUGUUCAUACUGGGCCAGUUUUUGCUGGAGUGGUUGGAAUUAAAAUGCCUCGGUAUUGCUUGUUUGGGAAAACAGUUUUAGCAACUCGUAAAUUGGAAUCACAUGGUGUACCACGAAGAAUUCAUGUCAGCGAAAUGGCCAAAAAUUCUGCAUUGCAAACAAAUAAUCUGCUUGAGUUUGUUGAUAGAGGAAUUAUCGAGAUCGAAGGUGUUGGUCAAAUACGCACCUAUUUUCUGGAAAAAAAUGGUCGAAAAACGGUUUGGGAUAUUUGCGCCCGUAUGAGACGUUUGUUUUAA